AUGAGCGAAUUGAGCGGGAAAGUCCAGAGCGUCCUGGGUCCGCUGGACCCGGACCUCCUGGGCCGCACCAUGACCCACGAGCACCUGACCAUGACCUUCGAGUGCUGCUACGUUCCCCCGCCGCCGUGGAACCCCCAAACUACCGAGAACCCACUCCAGUUGAGCCACGCGCACUGGCUGAGGCAGAACCCGUACAGCUGCCAUGAGAACCUGCUUCUGUGCCAGGAGACUGAGGCCGUGCGCGACGAGCUGCUGGCCUACAGGAAGGCAGGCGGAGGCAGCAUGGUGGAGAACACCACCGUCGGCAUCGACCGCGACUUGCCCACCCUCGUCCGGCUGGCUAAGGAGACCGGGGUCAACAUCGUGGCAGGGGCCGGCUACUACGUGGACUGCACACAUUCGGACCAAACUAGGAAGAUGAGUGUGGAGAAGCUUACAGAUGUGAUCGUGGGCGAGGUCCUUUACGGCGCCGACGGCACGGAAAUCCGCUGCGGCGUGAUCGGCGAGAUCGGCACCGGCUGGCCCAUCACGGACAGCGAGAGAAAGGUCCUGCGGGCCACGGCGCACGCGCAAGCCCAGCUUGGCUGUCCCGUCAUUAUCCACCCCGGCCGCAACUCCGCCGCACCGGCAGAGGUCGUCCGCAUCCUUCAGGAGGCGGGCGGAGACAUUGGCAAGACGGUCAUGUCCCACCUGGACAGGACUAUCUUCAAUCAUUCCGAACUGCUGGACUUUGCCGAGAUGGGGAGUUACCUCGAAUAUGACCUUUUUGGAAUCGAGACGCUCAACUACGUCUUCAACAUGGACGUGGACAUGCCCAGCGACAGCCAGAGAAUUAAUACCUUGGCCUUCCUGGUGAAAGAAGGCUACGAGGACAAAUUGUUGAUGGCGCACGACAUCCACACAAAAGACCGUUUGUGCAAGUACGGCGGUCACGGCUACUCGCACAUCCUUCGCAACAUCGUGCCCAAGAUGCUUACGCGGGGCAUCUCGCAGACGCAAGUGGACAAGAUGCUCGUGGACAACCCCAAACGCUGGCUCACCUUCAAAUGA